AUGGAAUUAGGAAAAAAUGAUCAAAUUCAAGACGAAUUUGAAUCAGAUACUGUAAUUGGGUGGGCACUUUUGACGGAUGGGUUAUGGGUUACGAAAUGGGUGGGCAUGUGGGUUGAUUGUUGGUCUUAUGCAAAGGAAUUGCAUUAUGACUACUGUAGCAUAUGGUUUAGGAUACUUGGUCUAUCUAGGGAUGAAGCCUUUGAAGAGAUAGAGAAUGAUUCCCAGGUUAAUAACAUGUUGGAUUAUAACUCAAGUGCAGAUGAUAUUGACAUUUAUUUUGUUGAGAAUGCUAAACCAGUGGCUAUGGAGGAUAAGUUUGGAAAUGUUGUACCAAUUAUUGAUGAGCAUGUUUCUGAUGUUGAGAAAGAUAAUGAUGAGCAUAUUGCUGUUGUUGAAAGGGAUAGUGAGGUAACUGAUGUUAAUAGGGAUAAGGACUCUGCUGCUAAUGAGAGAGACAGUCAGGUAGCUGAUGUUAAUAGGGAUAAGGACUCUGCUGCAAAUGAGAGGGACAGUGAGGUAAUUGAUAUUAAUAGGGAUAAGGAAUCUAUUACUAAUGAGAGGGAUAGUGAGGUAACUGAUGUUAAUAGGGAUAAGGACUCUGCUGCUAAAGAGAGGGACAGUCAGGUAGCUAAUGUUAAUAGGGAUAAGGACUCUGCUGCAAAUGAGAGGGACAGUGAGGUAGUUGAUGUUAAUAGGGACAGGGAAUCUAUUGCUAAUGAGAGGGAUAGUGAGGUAGCUGAUGAUAAGGGGGACAAAGAAUCUUUUAAUGUUGACACGGAUAGUGAUUCAGCUGAUAAUGAUUACAAUAUUAAUUCAGAUGCUGAUGAAGAUGGAUCAAGUGAAUUCUAUACUGGAAGUUCAGAUAUUAGUGAGAUGUAUAUUGAUUUAGAAGGUAGUGAUGAUGAUAUUUUUAGCGAAGCCAAUGAUAAAGGUUCUAAAGGUAGAGAAAAAGAUGACAACAAUCAUGAAUAUACACAAGUAGGGGAAAAUACAAGGGAUUAG